CUACAUUUCAGCAAGCGUCAGCCCGGUUGUUUGCUGUCAUGUCAAUAUUUCAAUUAAACUUAAAAGUUUCAUUGCUAAAUUAAAUAAAUAAGCAUUAUGGCAGCGGGCCCUAUAGCCGAAAGAAACCAGGAUGCCACUAUUUAUGUUGGUGGGUUGGAUGACAGGGUUACGGAAAGCUUGCUAUGGGAAUUGUUUGUACAAGCAGGACCUGUUGUUAACGUACACAUGCCAAAGGAUCGGGUGACACAAACACAUCAAGGUUAUGGAUUUGUAGAAUUUAUGGGAGAAGAAGAUGCAGAUUAUGCUAUAAAGGUGAUGAAUAUGAUAAAACUCUAUGGUAAGCCAGUGAGAGUAAAUAAAGCUUCAGCACAUCAGAAGAAUCUCGAUGUUGGUGCUAAUGUGUUCAUUGGUAAUUUGGAUCCAGAAGUUGAUGAGAAGUUGUUGUAUGAUACAUUCUCUGCAUUUGGAGUUAUUUUACAAACACCAAAGGUAAUGAGAGAUCCCGAAACUGGUAACUCGAAAGCAUUUGCCUUCAUCAACUUUGCAUCAUUUGAAGCAUCUGAUGCAGCAAUAGAGGCUAUGAACAACCAAUAUUUGUGCAACAGGCCCAUUUCUGUGUCAUAUGCCUUUAAGAAGGAUGUCAAAGGAGAAAGACACGGUUCAGCAGCUGAGCGAUUGCUAGCUGCACAAAAUCCACUGUCACAUGCAGAUCGUCCUCAUCAACUGUUUGCAGACGCACCACCUACUAUGAUGGGUCCAAUUCUAAUGGCACCACCGCCACCACCCACGCCGUCUCCAAUGCCGCCACCAGGACCACCAAUGAAUGCAAGACCACCACCUCCUCUCCCAAUGACAGCACCGCCACCGCCACCUACCUCAAUGCCCCCACCAGGUCCUCCGCCACCACCUGGUCCACCACCACCGCCACCGCCGUUCCAUCAUUUUCCACCACCUCCAUUUGGACCUCCUGGCUUUGGACCUCCACCUCCCCCUGGAGCGAGGCCACCUCCACCAUGGAGGCCACCACCUCCAUCCUUCAGGCCUCAGUUUCCUCCACGUGGGCCUCCGCCGUUUGGACAUCCUCCGUUCCCCCCGCACCACCCGCCUGAACCGAAUUAUAACUACUAAAUGUAUUUAAUUUUAAGAAAUAUAGGAUAUUUUUGC